AUGUCCCUGUCUGCGCUGCAGGGUCUCUUCGCGCCUGCGCUCAUCGGCACGUGGGUCAAUGCCAUGGCCUACAUGCUCGAACUGGUGCUUGCGUGGCGGUAUUACACGAGCAGGCAUUUGUACUCUCCCGGCGCGAACACAACUCUUGUGCGCUGGAUAGUCAGUGUCCAGCUUGGCGUGGAUACGCUGGGUACGAUGGUUAAUGCUGCAGCUGUGUAUCUUGUGUUGGUUCGCCAUUGGGGUGAACUACCGUACCUCGCUAAUAAUACCUGGGCUGGGGCUGCCUAUUGUAUCACAACCGGGAUCAGCGGGUACCUCGAGCAACUAUAUCUCAUUUGGCGCUAUGGAAUCCUGUCGAAGAACUAUUUAGUGUGUAUCGUCCUGGCUCUCAGCGCCACCGCUUCGGUCGGCGGGGCAAUUGGUCUCGGCGCACUCACCUUUCUUCAUCCUGCGGUAACAGAACGGCAGCGCAUCGUUCCUGUUUCGUUGGUGUGGUUUAUCACCGCAACCGUCGCCGAUAUUGCCAUCGCAUGCGCGCUCGUAUUCCAGCUGCGCAAAUACAAAUCCGCAUUCAAGCAGACGCGCCACGUCGUCCGACAGCUCAUCCUCGCUGCCGCGCAAACUGGCUCAAUAACGGCGCUCGUGACAACGCUGACGUUGAUCGCCUUCGCAGCGUGGCCACAGACGGCCAUCACGCUCGCCUUCGGCUUCUUCCUCGGCCGAGUGUACGGCUGCACGCUGCUCUACAACGUCGUAUCGCGCAGGGUGGGCGGUAUGGGCGACUCGACGGACAUGGACGAGGAGCGUGUGUCCGGCUCACGUCAGGCGACCUCGGGCGGGCGGGAUCGCAUGGAGCGGGCGACCGUGCUGGAGACCCUGGGCGGAAUACACGUACACCAAAUUGUGCAGGUCACCAAAGACGCCGAUAUUGACAUUAGACGGUUGACACCCGACGCAGACGAUAUUGUCUAUGCGGAUAGUAUCAUUAUGCAGGAUCAUAAAGCUCCAGCGAUAGGGAGAGGGCUUUGA